CGACCAUCAACAAGAGGCUACGACAUCUCGGCAUGACCUAAGCAAGACGCCGCCCGAGCACACGAGCCAGACACACCAGCGAAGAGACACUGCGCCCGACACUCGAUUUCUCUCCCCAUACUCGAAUCGCAUACCCUGCUGUGCGUGGCCGGCCCCUCCUCCACCUCUGACCUCUCCUCUCACUUUUGCUGCCCCGGGUGGCUGCACGCUAGUCUGCCCGCGCCAUAUCGGAGCUGUCACCCACGACAUAGCGAGCCCGCCCUCUAACACGUCUUCCAGCUGCCACUCCAUCCCCAUACAUGGCCCAGGGCACCCGAGGGCCGACCCCGGCUACUAUGCCGCCCAACGGCACCGCGACCCACGAUCCCACCCCGACCGCCGUAAACCGCAAGAAGCAGAAGCGACGGGAGAAGGAGGCCGCCAAGAGAGCCGCACAGGAACCGCCUGCGCCUGCGCCCGCGCCUGUGAGAAACGGUGCUCCUCCUCCUCCCCCUCCCCCAGGCCAGCAGUACGCGGACCCCGAGCUGGACGAGGCGGCCUACGACGAGGGGGAGUACUACUCGGACGAGGAGUAUGAGCACGCGUACGGCGCAAAUGGCGACUACCAGCAAGCCUACAGCCACGUGCCAAUGCGAGGGAGCACAAACAAAAAGUCCAGGCGGAAGAAGAAGGCGCCCUCCGCUCCUCCUCCGCUCGACUACACCCAGCACGUCGCGUCACGCCUCAGCCCCGCACCCGGACACUCCAUGUCGCCCGCCCACUCUGUCGCGCGAUCCGGCUCCAGACAGGACCGUAUAUGGAACACCACCAUGCAGGACGAGAGGGAUCGCAUACGCGAGUUCUGGCUGUCCCUCGGCGAGGACGAGCGCAAGUCGCUUGUCAAGAUUGAAAAGGAGGCGGUUCUGCGCAAGAUGAAGGAGCAGCAGAAGCACUCGUGCAGCUGCACCGUGUGCGGCCGGAAGCGCACAGCCAUCGAGGAGGAGCUGGAGGUUCUAUAUGAUGCCUAUUAUGAAGAACUCGAGCAUGCUCCUCAUCACCCACGCCCUAUGCUCAACUCCCACCCCCAUCCACCCCCCGGCACCUACGACGACGACGACGAAGAAGAAGAAGAAGAGUACGACUCGGGCGAGGAAGACGACGAAGAUUCCGAAUACGACAGCGAGAUCUCGUCGGAAGGCGACUACAGCUCCGGCGAGCCAAGUCUACCGCCGCCCGAGCCCUCAGACUUCCUCCAGUUUGGCAGCAGUCUGCAGGUCAAAGGUGGCAUACUUACGGUUGCUGACGAUUUGCUCAAGAACGACGGGAAGAAGUUCAUCGAGAUGAUGGAGCAGCUCGCCGAGCGUAGAAUGCAAAGAGAGGAAGAUGCUCAAGUUCAGGCUCAUCCAGGUGCGCAGCAUCGAUCGUAUACCGGUCACAGUCACAACGCUCCGCCGCCCGACGAAGACGAUUACGACGACGAGGGCGAGGAUGAGGACGAGUACGAUGACGACGACUACGAGGAGGAUGAAGAGGAUGAGGAAGGCGCCAUGACUGAGGAGCAACGGAUGGAGGAGGGCCGCCGAAUGUUUCAGAUCUUCGCAGCGCGAAUGUUUGAGCAAAGGGUACUCCAAGCGUAUCGAGAAAAGGUAGCCGCAGAGAGGCAGCAGAAGUUGCUCGAAGAACUAGCAGAAGAGGAUGUGCGAAAAGACGCGAAAGAGGCCAAGAAAGCAAAAGAAGCCCAGAAGCGAAAAGAGAAGAAGGACAAGCAGAGGCAGUUGAAGGCGGAGCAGGAAGCGAAGAAGGAAGCCGAACGAGCAGCCAAAGAGGCCGAGGCCAAGGCUGCAGAAGAGAAACGACUCGAGGAGCAACGGAAGAAGCGAGAAGAGCAGCGGAAGAAGAAAGAGGCUGAGCGCAAAGCCCAAGAGGAAGAGAAGCAACGCAAAGAAGCCGAGCGUCUGAAACGACAGCAGGAAGAACGCGAGCGACAGCAGGAAGCUGAGAGGAAAGCACGAGAACAGAAAGCGCUCGAGAAAAAGGCCAAAGACGAGGCUAAACGAAAGGAACGUGAAGAGCGAGAAGCGAAAGAGAAAGAGGCAAAAGAGAAGAAGGCACUAGAGGACAAAGAGCGCAAGGAACGCGACUCAAAACUAAAGGUCGACAAGAACCGUACGGCCAAGGAAGACCAAGCCGCCGCCGCUGCUGCUCACAAUGCUAUAGCUGGUGCGGCGAAAAAGUCGUCACAGCCAGCAGUCGCGGUGCCUCCCCAGUUGCUGAAGCAGAACUCGUCUGCUGGAAUGCCUUCGCCACUUGUUACACCAGCUGUACCAAAGGCUCCAACACCUAACCGACCACGACAGACAUCGCACCAAACCUCUCACAGUUCAUCCCCCAAGACUCCCCACGCGACUCUGGGGGUGAGCAAGUCAACAUCUCCGAAUUCUCAGAUGCCGAAUCAGUCAAUACCAAGGUCCAUUUUGACCAAAGCACCAAUCCCACAGCAAGGUCUAUCCAAUCCGCAUGGCCAGCCAGCUUCUCCGAUGCCUCCCAUGGGACCACCACCGGGGAUGCAAGGACCACCAGGACUCGGGAUGGGUAACAUGCCACCGGGUCUGAAUGGCUUCCCUGGUCACACCUCAAUGAUGCCCGGGAUGAUGGGCCCCCGUCCAAAUAUGCCCUUCUACCCCCAGCCUGCGCCCCAGAGCUUCCGUGGUUUCCCACCACCAGGAAUGCACACAUCAGGCGCCCUCCCGAUCGGUCGUGGCGGUUUUCCAAUGGAGGGACCACCAGGUUUUCCCGCACCCCCUGGUUUUACCGCCCCAAUGCCCACCGCGUUUCCAAUGGGUAUGCCGACGCAUUCAAGACAAGGAAGCGGAUCGUUUGAGAGACUUUCAAACGAAAGCCCUAUUACGGGGCCGUCAGCACAGCCCAUUCAACGACCUACGCCCAUCAAGCGUCCAAGUAGUGUAAAGGAAGACGGUCAACAAAACGGGAGCGAUGUAGAUGAACUUGCGAACCACCUCGGCAGUAAAGCACUACUGGAUGACGACGACGAUAUACCUGAGUUACCCGAGAAUCGACGGCCGAGCAUGCAACAACAUGGCUCCGUGAGAGCGCCAUCAUUUGGGUUUGCGGAUAUUCCCGGAAGCCAAUAUGGGUCGUUUGGUGCACCAGGCGUUGGUGGGGGUAGUAUCUGGGGUACACCUCCCUUGGGAGGUUUCCACCCAGGUCCUGCUGGUGGUGGCAAUUGGGGCAACUCACCCACAUCCAACAUAUUCAACUCGCCAUUUUCUCUGAAUGGAGGCAACGCAAGGGGAACGGAGCGCAACGCGAAUGAACACCGCAUAGUCUGGCUCCGCCGCACAAUCUGCGCUGCAUGCAAAACCCUCGGCCCGCGUGCCGCUGACGCAGAAGGCUAUGUCGAUGCAAGCGAAGUGCACAGACAAGUCGAAGCGUCAAGAGGGGCCAUGGACCCUGCUGCUGUGUCUAUGGAGGAGAUGAAGGAAGCUUGCGACAUCCUUGACGUCACGCAUACUAAUGGUGGUGGCACUCUGGAUUACAAGGAGGCAGACAAUGGGAGGGUGGAGAAGAUUAGGUUCAGCGAGAGUGCGCCUGCAACUGCGAUGCCUUCUAGUUUGGGCGAAAUUGGUAGCCCCGUUCCUGGCCAUAGCGUCCUUGCGGGUGGGUUUGGUGGCAGGUUUCCUGGGCUUGGGCCUCAGGGCUUCUGAUUUGGGAGCGUAAGGGGAAGGCAGAGUGGAAAGAGAGAGAGAGUAAGGGGAGAGGGGGGGUUCUAGUGGACGUCUUAGUUGCUUGAGACUGUAUCCCUUUUGUGCCUCUGACCUUUUUGACUGUUUCCGUUUCUUGUAUUGGAAACUGUUUGAACCUCUGAAAUUCUGGUGGCGCUACCUUUUUUAUUACCUGUCAGGCAGGUUUUCUAGUCACGUUCUGAUUGACUAGGGCUCUUUUCAAGUAGUCUGGUUCUUCCCUUGUCUCAUUUCGCAAGUGGAGGUAAUUGAGUCGGUUCGAGUGUGUCAA